AUGACAGAAACAAAAUUACAUCUCGAAGAUUUUUUGGUCAAUGCAAUAGGGCUAGAUGACCUGUGUGUCCGCUUUAUCAUAAAUUUACCCCGAGAAGAGCUCGAAUCAGUGGAGCGUAUAUGCUUCCAGGUCGAAGAAGCACAAUGGUUUUACGAAGAUUUCGUCAGGCCCCUCGACCCGGCCUUGCCCUCGCUAUCUCUCAAGGCGUUUGCGAUGCGUAUAUUCCAGCACUGCCCGCUCAUGUCGGAAUGGUCCGAAUACCAUCAUGCAGCUGCUUUUUCGGAGUUUCUCGCUUACAAAACGCGCGUUCCCGUCCGUGGAGCUAUCUUGUUGAACGACGCUAUGGAUAAGGUUGUGCUGGUCAAGGGUUGGAAGAAGAACGCUAAUUGGAGCUUUCCCCGCGGAAAGAUUAACAAGGAGGAGAAGGAUCUCGACUGUGCCGUACGAGAGGUUCUUGAAGAGACAGGUUAUGACUUGAAGGCUGCCGGUCUUGUCAAAGACGAGAAGCACAUGAAACACAUCCAAAUCACCAUGCGUGAGCAGCAUAUGAAGCUCUAUGUCUUUCGGGGUGUGCCUAUGGAUACUGCCUUUGCGCCUCAGACCAGGAAGGAGAUCAGUAGAAUUGAAUGGGUCAACUUGACUGACCUGCCUACUGUUAAGAAGAGCAAGCAGGCGCAACACGAUGCGGUCAAUGCGAACAAAUUUUAUAUGGUCGCUCCGUUUCUCAACCCUUUGAAGAAGUGGAUUUCUCAGCAGCGGAAGAUCGAUGCUAAGAACAAUGUGCUGAUGUCUACGGCGUAUACCGAGGGCGAAACAUCGAUGGAUGAAGGAUUUGUAUCGGCUCAUAAUGGGUUCACCCCACUACAAGCUCAUAUCCAACCUGCUAUCCAUAGUGAUCUUCCCGAGGUCACUCCUACGCAAGAUGUCUCGUCUCAUCUAAAGCGUCUUCUCAAUAUCGGCGCCCCAAUCACACCGCCGUUUAUCGCCACGCAAGCUACCGACUCAUCCAAGUCCAAUGCCUUGCUUUCGUUGUUACGUAGUGGAGCAAAUGGAACUCCUAUMCCCGCCUCUAAUCCGUCUCAGCAGAUCACUCAACCACCAGCGGUUUCUCACCAAAUGCCGCCACUUUUGGAUCAAGUAUUGAACCCAGCUGGGCACCAUGCUAUGCCAGAAAUUCCGAAUCCAGUCAACCCCCCAACUCAGGUUCAAGAUCAGCGACAUUUCAACCGACUCCUCUCUUCACUUGCCAAUCCUUCUCAACCGACCGCCGUUCAUCCUCCGUCACAAGCCCAACGGCCUCCUAUGGAGAAUCUGUCUCACCCGCAGCGCGAUCAGACUUUCAAUGCGCCGCCUCAAUCUACCUUAGCUCCUUACCAAAGAACUGGCGAUCCCCUCUUCGCUCAACAAUCGGGUACAGCUCAAACCCAAGGACAGGUUGUACCACCCGCAAGUAAAUUGCCUCCUCCAAAAUUGACAAGUCAUUCAUUGGCUUUGUUGAACGUCUUCAAAGGAAAUCCUUCCGCUCAAUCCCAGGCAGGAGGCGUAUCCGCGGUCGGGUCAUCAGCUCCAGCACAAAAACCGCCGGCUCCUCAAGAUCAGCUUUUAGCCUUGCUGAAAAGUCCUGCAGUCGGUACUCGGGCAACGCCCGCUGUAGAGCUUGCUGCGCAGCCUGUGCAAUCAGCUCCGAAACAAAUACUUCAGCGCCCGGCGUCGCUCAGUAAGACCACUGAGUUACCAAGCAGAAUAAACGUGGUGGGCAAUCAGGCAGAUGCUCUUACAUCAGCCACUGUUUCUGGGCCUCUACGAACGCCAGACUUUGACAAGACCCCUACAUCGAAGCGUACUACUCGUGCUCACAGAAAACACCAACCCCCACCUUCAGCAUCUCCGGUCAAAAUUUUGUCACGACCCUCAUCCGCGAGGAGGGAUGUAUCCACACCAUCGGCACAAACUUCAGCUUCAGUGUCACUUUCACCUGAUGGUAGAGUCAAGAGCGCCGAAAUACCCAGGAGUUUUCAACCGCAAAUUUUGCGCCGGUCUGAGAAAUUGGAUCUUAACUCAAUCCUACCUACUCGGAAGUCACCAGCCAAUGAGCUGCCUCAGGAGUUGAGUGACAUUCCAGUAAGACCCAAACCCGUAGUGGCUCCUGAGAAUAAGAUCAUGCAGCCGAACUAUGACCGACGUCCUAGUCAGACUGCGGCGCAGAAAGAGACAUUGCUCUCUCUAUUUGGAAAGUCUCCAUCUACAAAAGCAUCUCUUUUGGCUGCCGCUAUGGAACAUCCUGUUGCAAACAGUCCUUUCAACGAUGUCACACCUUCUCCUUCACUUUCGGGUGUUGAAGCGAUUGCUCCGGCUGGCGCCAUAUCCAGCAUUGAUAGCGCAUCAGAUCAUGGAUCUCGAACUUCCGGAGCUGCGCAGCGUUUGAAAUCACCGGACAACAAAGCAUUUUUAUUGGGAUUCCUUCAAAAUGUAGCUGAAGGGAAGAGAUAG